CCGGUGUUGGCCAAGGCAAACCAAGAAAGAAGAAAGUUAGAAAGCAAGAAAGAAAGAAAAGAAAAGAAGGGAAAAACCGUGGGGAGGAGGUGCCUCCACCGUCGUGGCUAAAUUUCGUCCUUUCUGCUCUCGUCGCGAAAUAAGUUGAUCGCCUUCUUUCAAGUUCCAACCGAAACGAUCUCUCUUUCUCUGAAAUAGCCAUGUCUUCAGAUAAUGUCCCUCCGUUCAUCGCUGCUCAGCUUAGUCACCUUCUUUCUCACUUCCCUCUUACCCUCAAGGUUGAACAGAUGUGGUCCGGUAGCAAGCACUAUUCUGGGGUAUUUGAUCGGUUCACUUUAGUUAUUCCCUACUGCUUGGACUUCAUCAGAUGGGAUGUUAUAUACAACAUAGAGAGUCCAACAGCUGCACCCGAUGUUAUUUUUGGGCUAGAAGAUGAAGAUUUUCACCCUUUUCAUAUGGAGUCUGCUGAAGGACAGUUGGACUUAAAGUCAUUAAAUAACUGUUUAAGUGAUUGGAACAACAAAGAUCCUGCACGUUUACUGGCUCUUAUUCAAUAUUUGAGAGAUCAAUACGUAUCAUAUCAAAGGAAGCGUGUUGGAGAAGUUGAUGAUGAUCGAUUGAAAUUUGAAAUCAGCACUAUAUUAUCGAGAGAGGGAAUAGAAAUGCAGAUAAGUUCUGGUGCUGAAAAGCCAGAAGAGGUUAAAUUUGCUGUUCCCCUAACGGACAUGAACAUAAAUAAGAUGGUGCCAGGAUGUCCCUGGAGACAAACUCAAAGAAUAUUCUUGCAGGUCAUAUAUCCUGUUGGGAGAAAAUACAUGUCAGCUCCUUCAGCACCUCGCCUGAAGUUAGUAUCUACACCUGAAUUGAAAGCUCUAUUUUCCAUUGAGGAUGUGAAGUUACCUUCUUGGUUAGACGGAAUGUGCCUGGCAGAAUAUCUGCCUCAGCUUGAAGAAUCUCUUGAGAAACAGGUCUUGGAGGCUGUUUCAUUAAUUGAUGUUAAAAGGCACUUUAUUGAGGCACUAGCAUGUCAAUUUGGGAGGCCUAUUGAAGCUGAUCCGGUCUUUUGCAGAAAGGCAACCUUUCUUGCUGCAUCUGGAGUUUUCACAUUCUUGGUACACUUCCUAAUACCAGCACAGUUUCCAAAGCAACAGCCAUCUCUUCUCCUUCAAAGUUCUCAGCAUUUCAAUUCUUACAUGGCGCCCAUUAAGUCCCGCAUUUUGACUGACUACCCAUGGAGCCCAAGAUGGGAAGCAUCAGCGAUGGCUGAGCGGAUCUUUGAGUUUCUGGCAGAUGAGGCUCUAAACUUCAAGAGGCAGUUGAAUGAGGGACAGCUUCAAUAGCAAGGAGAAUUACCGUAGGAUGUUCUGCUCACCCCUGAUAUUAUGGCAAUCUGAGCGUGUAAAGUUGUUGAUGAAGUGCACGUUUUGUUUUGUUUUUUUGUGCUCGGAGGGGUAUUGCACAUGGAAGUACAAAUGUAUUGCUGUCAGUCAACUUGUUUUCUUGGCCCCCAGUUACGUUAGGGUUUGUAUUACUAUUGAUAAUCGGUGAAGAAAUCCCUGGAGGCUUGUCGUUCUAACCAUGGUGAGGUACAUUCUACAGAUUAGGAUUCAGAUCCGUUGGGGUGAUUCGUAAAGUUUUCUGAAGUGAAAAUUUGUUGAGAAGAAAA